AGUAGCAUGCAAAAGUGCAACGUGACAACAUCUUCUUCUUCUUCUUGCAUUUGUUAAAAAAGAGUGUUGCUUAUUAAAUUCAUAAACAUGGAUUUGUUGUUUAUCGUUUUAAUACUUUGUGGUCUAAUAGCCUUGUAUUUGUAUUGGAGAUGGUCUUUUAGUUAUUGGGACCGACAAGGUAUACCAUCGGUACCAUUUGUCCUGCCAAUCGUUGGUCAUCUCUUACCACUGUUAUUAUUGCAAAAGAAUAUUUCUAAUUUGGUAAAGAAUUGGUACAAUCGGUUCAGCGAAGCUAGUAUGGUUGGUUAUUAUGACGGUAUGGUACCAGGAUUAUUGGUACGUGACCCAGAUCUAGUUAAGACAGUCAUGCAAACUAAUUUCUCGAAUUUCCAUGAGAAUGCACUGAAAAUUGAUCCAAAACACGAUCCACUGUUGGCUAAAAAUCCAUUCUUUACGGAAGGUGAGGAAUGGCUGACCGGUAGAAAGAGAUUGACCUAUGCAUUUUCGAGUAUGCGAUUGAAGAUAUUAGCUGAAACGGUAAGAGGUGUUUGCAAAAAGUUCGACAAUUAUUUGAACAGAAAGAUCGGUGAAGAUCAGAGGAUCGAAUUCGAAACGAAAGAUCUUUUUGGAAGAUUUACCGGUGAGGUGGUAGCCAAUGCUGCAUUUGGUAUCGAAGGAUUUUGUUUCGAAGACAACUAUAAUUCGCAAUCGUUUCACGAACUUGGAAAAAAGAUAUUUCGGGUGACACCGUUUCAUGGUGCUGUGCAAUCCGUCAUGUUAUUUUUACCAUUCUUACACAAUUUUUUUAAUUUCCGAUUUAUACCGAAAGAUAUCGAUCAUUUCUUCAGAACUAUCGUCAAACAGGUCAUCGAAAAGAGAAGGGAAGAGACCGAGAAACGUAACGAUUUCUUUCAAUUAAUGGCAGAUCUUGAAAAAAGCGAGGGUCAAAAGUUCGAUGUGGAAUCAUUGACAGCUCAUGCACUCUCGUUCUUCGUCGAUGGUUACGAGACCUCGUCGGCGACCUUAAGUUUUAUUUGUUUUGAAUUAUCCAUUCAUUAUGACGUACAAGAAAAAGCUAGGAAAGAAAUUCAUGAUGUAUUAGCAAAACACGGAGGCGAAAUUACGUAUGAUUCGUUGAAAGAGAUGACCUAUUUGGAUCAAGUGAUCAACGAGUCUCAGAGAUUGAACACUUUACUAGAUAUGAUGGGUAAAGUAUGUACCAAUAAUAUUCAAUUGAAAGGAAAAGAUGGUCUUACUUGUCAAGUGGAGCCUGGUACUAAAAUCAUUAUACCUAUUCAAUGUCUACAAAGAGAUCCUAAAUAUUGGAUUAAUCCGGAAGGCUUUGAUCCUGAUCGUUGGAGCAACGAGAAAAAAUCUGAUGUUAACAAAUAUUGCUUUUUACCAUUCGGCGAAGGUCCAAGAAUUUGCGUUGGUCUUAGAAUGGGAUUGUUACAGACAAAAGCUGCAUUAGUUACGCUUUUAUCAAAAUUUAGGGUAGAACGUAACCCAAGAACCGAUUAUCCUGUUAAAAUUGGGCUUUGGGGAAUAUUGUCAACACCUGUUCAAGGGCUUUGGGUAUAUUUGAGACGUCUUUAAUUGCAACAUUAAUAUAUCUUAUUCAUAUCUUUCUCCUUCGAAUUAUUAAACGUUCCGAAAAUGAUAUAUAUAACCAUAAAUCAUAUAAAUAAAAUUUGUAAAAUAAAAAAUAAA